CUCGCCAACCACCGCACUCUCUCCCCAACCACCGCUCUCUCUCCCCCUCCCCCUCUCUCUCCCCCUCCCCCUCUCUCUCCCCCUCCCCCUCUCUCUCCCCCUCCCCCUCUCUCCCCAACCACCCCCCCUCCCCCUCUCUCCCCAACCACCGCUCUCUCUCCCCCUCCCCCUCUCUCCCCAACCACCGCUCUCUCUCCCCCUCCCCCUCUCUCCCCAACCACCGUACUUGUAGAUCAAUCCGUCCCUGCUCGUAACAAACGUGAAUGCAAACGGGCAAAGGGCGAACUUUAG